AUGAGUGCUAUCAUCCUGCUCUCCGUGCUUUUUGCUCUUGCAUAUGGACAAGCAGCAUCUUACUGUAUUCCAACUGAAUAUACAAUGUACGUGGAUAGGAGAGAGUGUGCCUAUUGCCUAACCAUCAACACCACCAUCUGUGCCGGGUAUUGUAUGACACGGGAUAUCAAUGGCAAGCUGUUUCUUCCCAAAUCUGCCCUCUCCCAGGAUGUUUGUACAUACAGAGACUUCACCUACAGAACUGUGGAAAUACCAGGAUGCCCACACCAUGUUGUUCCUUAUUUCUCCUACCCUGUUGCCUUGAGCUGCAAGUGUGGCAAGUGUAAUACUGACUAUAGUGACUGUAUACAUGAGACUGUCAAGACCAACUACUGCACCAAGCCACAGACAUUCUAUCUGGGGGGAUUUUCGGUCUAACUUUAACAACAUUGCCACUUGCAAUCUGGUUAAAUGUGUUUACCUGGAAUAGAACUAAUAAAAUACCAUUGAUACA